AUGGUGGCACAAGAAUCGGGCGUCUCUCCCAAACACAUCCUCGGCGUUCUUUACGGAUUCUCCAGCGGCGGUGUUGAUCUUCUGAAGACACAGGCGCACGCCAAUACGCGCACGGGCGUCGCCUUCGAAGCCGCAUGCACGUUCCUUAAGGAUCGUGAAAGUGAACUCGAGGGCUACGAGCCCGUGGCGUCGCACGGCGGCUUCGUCGCCCUCCGCCGCCGUCCAUCGCCGGCCGCAGUCGUCUUGCCUGGUCUCUCGCCGCCGCCCUCAGACCUCGUCGUGUGCAACCCUGUCACCGGGCAACACGUCUCGCUGCCGCGCCCGUCCAUCUGGGAUGAGUCCUUCGUGCUGCUAGCUCACGGGACGGGCUUCACCCUGCAGAUCGUGAACCUUGAACUGGCGGACGCCGGGAUGCUCCAGGUCCAGACCUUCUCGUCGGCCAAGGGCAAGUGGGAUGGCGUCGUGGCCACGUACGCCAACCUGCCCCUGGGCGCGCCGAGCAGGUUCGUCCGGCCUUCGCCGCUCGUCCUCGACGGGGUCGCGUACUGGCUCUGCAAGUCCGAGUCGAAGUCCCUCGGCUACCACGUCCUCGCGCUCCCUCUCGAUGGACAGCGGCAGCCGGCGCCGAUAAAGUUCCCGGACAAAGUUCCAAAAACACGAGGACGCGGCGACAACUUCAACACCGAGGACAUCCUCCUGGCAUCGACAACGGUGAACGGGACGCGGCGACUGACCCUGGCCGCGGUGGCAAAUGUCACCAUAUCUCUAUGGACGCUGGACGACGAUCAGGCAGAGAAGCCGGCGAGGUGGACGCGCCACAAGUGCUUCGACUUGUGGAACAUCACGUUGGAGCGAGAGGGCCCGCUGCCGGUGCGGGAGAAGGGAGACAGGGUGGCGCUGGAGUGCUUCUCAGAGUCAGGGGAGAGCGGCAGCCUGCUUUUCCACCAUCGCAUGCUCUACAGGAUCGACCUACAAUCCGACAAACAGACCGAAAAAGUUUCCGUCGCCGGCAUUUACUGCAAGCGGAGCUCCAGCAACAUGUGCGAGUACCAUACUGAUGAUGCAGCAGCCCUGCUCAAGACCUAA